CCUGGGGGGAUAGGUAUGAAAGGAGGUCUGAGGCUUAGUAGUGAUGGAAAUAGUUUUUCAGUGAGGUGUGGGCUGGUGCUCAUUCAGCCAUCUGCAUUCUCACCAGGCCUUUGUGGACCCUGAGGAAGCUCUGGGAUUUUCAGUCAGUCUGGAGAACCAAGGGGCAAAUGGGGCAAGCUGGGAGAGCUAUUAGACCCUGGUGGGUGGCGGCAGGAGGACCAGAGAGGUUGGCUUUGAAUGAUUGAUUGAUGAAGGGACAGAAUGUGUCUUACAGAGAAGCAAGGGGGUCUGCUGUAGUCCUGGGUAGGUUGGAUUGAAGCCAGGAUCAUGGCCAGGUCCGGAGGCCUUCACAUCAAGGAUGGAUGUUGCCCUUGGCAGUGGGAGUCAUAGAAGGUCUGGGGCAGGAUGGGAUCAUGGUUGUAUUUGCCUGGAAUUCUCUGGAUGCAGUCAGGGAGGGGGAAAUUUCUCCCUCUACCUCUUGUUUGAGUUCUUGUGGCUGCACUAAUAAAUAAUUAAACUAAUAAAAAAAUUAGCAUAACACAUGUUAACAGGAGAAAAAUACAUUUUAAUGUAAGUGAAGUCAGAAAUGGGACCUAAAAAGUGGCCAAAGUCAGCAUCUUUUACUCAUUAGACAAACAAUACCUUUGUGAGUAAUCAACUGGACAAAGAAACUUAGAUUUUGGGUGCCUAAUUAGUGAAGAAUCUAAACAAAGUUUGGGCUCCAGGUUGUAAAUUAAAGAAGUAACAAGGUUUAUUUAUAUAGAUUUCUUGGUCCACAUUCCCUCCCUUUGGCAGUAAGGGUGUGCUUUACCUCCAGAUACAGGGAGUGCACUUUUAAAUAGUUUUCUUUUUUUUAAAAUAUCUUGGCCCAGUUUAUUUUAUGUAUUUAUUUGUUUUUUUUUUUUUACUUUUUGGCCAUGCGUGACAUGCGGGAUCUUAGUUCCCUGACCAGGGGUCAAACCUGUGCUCCCAGCAGUGGAAGUGCAGAGUCUUAACCAUUGGACAUCCAGGGAGUGCACUUUCUACACAGAAAUUUAUUUCCUGUUUUCAGGGAGACAGACAUGUGGGUCACAGUGUCCCUCUUGCGUUGACUGUUUCUUCAGUAACUUUAAUUCAAAAUAAUCAAUAGGCCACUGAUGCAUAUUUUGGGGAGGCCUAUGCUAGGCCCCAGUAGUUCCCUCCUCUGGAAUGUCCUCUGUGGAAAGAGACCAGGUAAGAGGAAUCCUCCAGCUUAUUGAGGGCUUCCCAGGUGGUGCUAAUGUUAAAGAAUCCACCUGCCAAUGCAGGAGGCAUAAGAGAGGUGGGUUCAGUUGCUGGCUGGGGAAGAGCCACUGGAGUAGAAAAUGGCACUCCACACCAGUAUUCUUGCCUUGAGAAUUCCACGGACAGAGGAGCCUGGCAGGCUACAGCCCAUGGAAUCACAAAGAGUUGGACAUGACUGAGCGUCUGAGCAUCAGUUCAUUGAAGCAAUUGUUAGUUCUGAGAAGAGGUGAGUUCAGGAGAACAAUUAUACCUCAUUUCAGGAGGUAGAGAUGCAGAUGGGCUCCAGAAGCUAGGCCUCUGGUACAAGCAAUCAGGUAGUUAAUGAGACAUUUCUAGGAAAACAAAAGAAAACAAAGGGUUAAUGUUUGGAGCCAGUCAUAAACCAGUUUCUGACAUUAGGAUGCAGUCAAGAAGAUUUCAAGGUGUCAGGGUCGAAGCAUCUUUUGCAGUUUGAAAUGUCUCUGAUGUCACCAGGUGUUCAAGAAAACUUUCUAAGUGGCUCAUACAGCAGCAAGCAUGAGGAUUGUUUAAAUAUGAGCUGUUGUGGCAGUUUCUCUGAAAUUUGUAUCAAGUCGUCUAGCUUCAAUUUUCAAGGCAUCAGGAAAAGGGCAAUUUUAGUUCUCACUGAUUCCAAGUCAAAAGGGUGGGAGAAAAUUGGAAACAUAAAAGAGUUGUAGCUAGAUAUUGGAGGAAAUUAGAACACUUCAGGAUCUAGUCCAGAUUUCAGGUAAACAACAAAACCUCAGUGAAACUAACAGUACUAGAAGCAUACAUACAAGGGUUCAGUUUAGAAUCAGGGUUUAAUCCCUGGUCAGGGAACUAAGAUCCUGCAAGCUAUGGUGCAGCUAAAAAGAAAAAUAAUGAAAUGACAAGUUCUUUCAAAUUGUUUGGUCAUACCUGAGUCUGUGUGUGUGUCUCUCAAAUAUGACUUUCCAGUCAAAAGCCUGGAUAAGAUAACCAAUAUUUCUACUUGUGUUCUAUUUUAAGGAGAACAGAUUCUUAUUGAACUUUUCCAAAUGUAACUAUAUUGUUAAGAAAAUAACAUAUUGUUAAGAAUACUCAUGAGAGUUUCUGAAUUAUGGAGCAAUCAGGUGGGAAGAAAAAAAAUGAACGUUUCAUUUUUGCUAAAAGGUAUGCUGUGCCGUGUUUAGUCACUUAGUUGUGUCUGACUCUUUGUGACCCUGUGGACUAUAGCCAGCCAGGCUUCUCUUUCUAUGGGUAUUCUCCUGGAAAGAAUACUGGAGUGGGUUGCCAUUUCCUUUUUCAGGGGAUCUUCCCAACCCAGGGAUUGAACCCUGGUCUCCCACCUUGCAGGAGGAUUCUUUACCAUCUGAACCACUAGGAAGCCCAAGAAUACCGGAGUGGGUAGCCUGUCCCUUCUCCAGGGGAACUUUCAGACUCAGGAAUAGAACCAGGAUCUCCUGCAUUGCAGGUGGAUUCUUUAGCAGCUGAGCUACCAAGGAAGUCCAAUUCACCAAACUGCUGUAAAUCUUUUUAAAAGAAUUCCUUGCAUUUGGAAAACAAAAGAUUAAAAAAUCAGUAAUAUUGUAUUUUAAACAAAAAGUCAUAAAAACUAUAAUCAUAUUCAUCAGUUCAUUCAAUUACACAUAAUUAAUUCUUUGAGUCCAGUUCUUCCAUUAGUUCUGUUGACUUUGCCUGAUGACUAAGCAUGAGGGUAACAGUGAUAUUCCAAGGAGUUUGUGAAAUUUUUGUUAAGGCUUGAAUGAUUUGCCCAGUGAGGUGGGUGCCUUGAUCACUGGAGAUUAUGGAAGAUAUAUCCCAAAUAGAAAACACUUAAAAAAAAAUCGUUUCUUUGUCCCUGUGAUGUCAUCAGUCUUGUAGCAAGGGAAGGCUUCAACCCAUCUGGAAAGCAUACAUGUAAUAAUAAGAACAUUCUGAUAAACCAUACUUAGUGGCAGUUGAAUGAUGUCCAGCUGCAGGUGCUCAAAGGGUCCAGAGAGAAGAGGUCUGAGUCAUUUGGGGCAAGAAUAGUUUUUCCCAGGGUUAUGGACCUGAAAGGUCAGACAUCACUGAUAGGCUGUUUUUUUCUGUUUUAUAGAGAUCUCCCUGCCAAUGUCUAUAUAAAUGCACGUUAAAUGCACGAUGGUUCUACUGAUUGAGCUAAUCCAGGCUCAGGCUCAGUGGGCUGUGUUUACAUUCAAAAACAUGAUAAGGUUUAUAACUUGAAGAAACAGAAAAAGAAAAUAUGCUUUCUCCUAGGAGUUUUGGAGUAUCUUUGUCUCUUAUCAUAUGCUUUAGGGGCUGUGUGACCUUUGAGGACGUGACCAUUUACUUCUCCCAGGAGGAGUGGGGACUCCUUGAUAAGGCUCAGAGACUCCUGUACUGUGAUGUGAUGCUGGAGAACUUUGCACUGAUUGCCUCACUUGGACUUACAUCUUUCAGGUCUCACAUAGUUGCCCAGCUGGAGAUGGGGGCAGAGCCCUGGGUGCCUGACCAAGUGGACAUGACUUCAGCCAUGGCAAGAGGGGUGUAUAGAGGGCCUGACUCAGAUUUUAACUGUGGAACAGAGGGUGAGAAAUCACCUGCUGGACUCAGUGUUUCUGUAGAAGUGUCACAGAACAUGAACCCCAAGGCAGUUCCAUCCACCCAGAAGGGCUACCCCUGUAACCUGUGUGGCCUACACUUGAAAAACAUUCUGCAUCUGGCUGAACAUCAGGCAACACAUUCCAAGCAGAAACCACACAUGCAUGAGGCACAUAGGAAAGAGUUCAAGUUCAACGCCUACUUUCACCAGUCACAGAUGCAGCAGAAUGUGUACAAGUCUAUUGGAAGGAAUGAAGGCAGGGCCUUGCUUGUGAAGAGCUGCAGAUAUGACACAUCAAAGAAAUCUUUUGCAUUCAGGGAGGAUGGGAAGGCCUUUGUGGCCAGAUGUGGUUUACUCCAGCAUCAGGUCACUAUCAGUGUGGGGGAGCCAGAGAAAAGCUCUGAAAGUGUGGUGGAUUUUUCCACUGUGCAACUCCAUAAGAAGUACAGUGAAUUUGAGAAUGCUCUCAGUGACAAACUUUCGCUUGUUCAGCAGAGAACCCACACUGGAGAAAGGCCUUAUGAGUGCAACAAAUGUGGGAUAUUCUUCAGCUUUGCUGCUGGCCUCUUUCAACACCAGAGAGAUCAUAAUCGAGGAAAGCCUUAUGAGUGUGGUGAAUGUGGGAAAUUCUUCAGCCAGCGCUCCAGUCUCAUCAAACAUCAGAGAGUUCACACUGGUGAAAGCCCUCACGUGUGCAGCGAGUGUGGCAAAUUCUUCAGUCGAAGUUCUAAUCUUAUUCAACAUAAGAGGGUUCACACUGGAGAAAAGCCUUAUGAGUGCAGUGAGUGUGGGAAGUUCUUCAGCCAACGCUCCAACCUCAUUCAUCAUAAGAGGGUUCAUACUGGUAAAAGUGCUCAUGAAUGCAGUGAGUGUGGGAAAUCCUUCAACUGCAACUCCAGCCUAAUUAAACACUGGAGAGUUCACACUGGAGAAAAACCUUACAAAUGCAAUGAAUGUGGGAAAUUCUUUAGCCACUUUGAUGGACUUGUUCAACAUCAGAUAGUUCAUACAGGUGAACGACCGUACGGAUGUAGCGUAUGUGGGAAAGCCUUCAGCCGAAGCUCUGACCUCAUGAAACAUCAGCGAGUCCACACUGGUGAAAGGCCUUAUGAGUGCAGUGAAUGUGGGAAAUUGUUUAGCCAAAGCUCCAGCCUCAAUAGCCAUCGGAGACUUCACACGGGUGAACGGCCUUAUCAGUGCCCUGAAUGUGGGAAAUUCUUUAGCCAACGCUCCAGCUUUAAUAACCAUCGAAGACUUCACACUGGUGAGCGUCCUUAUGAGUGCCUUGAAUGUGGGAAAACCUUCAGACAAAGUUCUAAUCUGAGGCAGCAUCAGAAAGUUCACAAACCAGAUAAGCCAUAUAAGUGCAAUGAAUGUGGAAAAGCCUUCAGCCAAAAGUCUACUCUCAUCCGGCAUCAGAAAAUUCACACUAGAGAAAAGAGUACAGAGGGUGUUCUCCCUUCUUCUUCAGCACAACAGCACCUCCUAGAGAUGAACUCUGAGAGUGGUCUUUAUGAAGGAGCUGUCAGUCAGAAGUUGAACAUUGUUCAUCCAAAUAUCUAUGCUGGAGAGAUUCCCAAUGGAUGCUAAAUAAAUAGGAAGCUUUCUGGAGUAAGGCUACAUUUUCUGAUCCCAAAUUUUGUCAGAGUUUUUGUCACUGCUAAUGUCUGUGUAGAAGUCAUCUCAGUUCUACCCCCUGGCAGGUCUCCAGAGUGUGUGCCAGCCACUUCCUGUUCUCAGGGAAGACAGGCCUCUGUUUCCUCUUUCAAGAGGGAAUUGUGAGUAGCUUGAGACCAUUGGAAGAUGUCUUCCCUCCCGCUGUGACUGCUUUAGCUGUGAUCAUGACCCAUCUUUGCCAUGAAGACCUGAUCUGGGUCCUACUGGCAGCUUGCAGAGGUUUCCUUUUCCAAGGACAUUGUUGAUCUUGUAUGAUGCUCAUGAUGGAUUCAUCCAGCUUCCACAUUAUCCAUCCUUGACUUUACAUCGCUCUGGUUUGGGUGAUAAGGGCCUUAUUGAUAAAGUCACCUUUAAUCUCCUGUAUUCUGAUAACUGUGUGGAGUGGGUUGAGAACAGAAUGAAGGUCUUCCAAACCAAACAGGUCUCCAAAUUUAUUGCCUCAGUGAAGAGCAGGAUGGCAGAGAACAAUUCCCAGUCCAGAGUUGGCCUCAUUUGUGUUGCUACCUGAGGUCUCCUAGGGAAGAUUAUAGGGCUUGGUGGGCCUAAUGUUGUGACUUGAAGGGCAUGAAUUUUUGUAGAUCAGAGGUUACCUUGAGGAAGGGGAGAUUGUGCAACCUCCAGUGCAUCUGGAAGCAGCCUGAUUUAGGCCCAUUUUUUUUUUUUUCCUGAGGAUGCCUCCUAUUCCUUAGCACUGUCGAGUAAACAUUGUUUACCUGGUCUCUGCCAAGGAGUCAUAUGCCUUUGAUGUCUAAAAUCCAGUAUAUGUCACCUACUGUAAGACUUACUGGGUCCAAUUGGCAGAUUAGAGGGAAUGUAUCUGUUAUAAAAGUGCAUCCAAAAUUCCCUUAAAUGUAACUAUGCAGGAUUCAGGACUUGCAGAAAUUCUCAAGACCUCCAGACCUCUGUCCUAUACUAAGGCCACUGGCAGAGGAAAUCAGCUAACGGUUUUGUGCAUUAUUGUAGGCUGUCUGCAUUAUUCAUGUCAAAACCAGUGUUGUGUUAGCAGAGAAAUGGGGACUAAGAGAAGGUAGAUCUUGUAAGUCAGGGAGGAGGCAUUUGUGACACAGCCAACCAUUUUUGGUGCCAACACAUGAGGAGAGAGGGAGUAAAUCUUAAAUUUUCUAAAAUGAGUGGGAGAGCAGAUUUUUACUUGCAACAAUUUCUUUUAAUGCUUUGUUGAGAUAUAAUUUCCAUGCAAUAAUUGGCUGUACAUAUUUAAUGUGUACACUUUGAUAAGUUUUAAAAUAUGUGUACACUCAGGGAACCAACACCACAACCAUAAUAAUGAACCUAUCCAUCACCCACACAGCUACCUCGUGCCCCUUGACAAUCCCUCCUUGCCUUCCCCAGAGAACUGUUAGCUACAUCCCAAGGAAACUACUGAUUUACCUUUUAUUCACUGUGAAUUUGUUUGCCUUUCCUAGAAUUUUGUACAAUGGGAAACAUAAAGUAUUUAUACUCUGUU